AUGGAAGCGCAAAUCACGGAUGACCCGUCUCUUGAAAAACGAUUCAAAGAUGUCAUUGUCAACAAGAACUACAAAGAGUUGGAGCUGUUGAGAUUGCACGGCACUGCCAGUGCCCGCAAUACCUUAAAGCCAUGGAUCAGAACGAUAUACGGCAGUAAGGUGGAGAUCGUCACUCCUACAUUAGUUGCGGGCGUGACCAUCAGUGCAAAGCCUCCUGCUACUACCAACGGGUUAGAGCCAUGGAUUUCUUUGAAUAAAGACGGGUCGCCAAAAACAAUCAAACCGAAAAUGAAGAACGGCGUGAUCAAGGACAAGUCCCCUGAUUAUGGCACGUAUUUCCAGACAGCCACUACGGUGAGGUACACGAAGGAAGAGUUGAAGGCACACAACAUGGCGGAAAAUGAAGUGUUCUACGAGGAGACAUUCAUUGAAGAAGACACGACAUACCGUCUGUUGAACCCGAUCAUGAGAUGUACCCCUGAUUCGUAUAAAAUGAAGGGCUUAGGUAAGGACAAGAGCCCGGAACCAUUCUGUUUCCCCCGGGACAACACUCGCCUCUACAAAGAUCAUACUUAUUUCGUGACAUGGUACUACAGAUUCUUUGACGACUCGGUGGACAACGUUAGGCUACACCUUUCUUAUGUGAAGGAGAGUGUCAGACAAAAGGGGACCAAAAGAGACUUGCUGGAAGAUGAGACAACUACCAAUGAAUUGAGCAAAAAGUCUACUAUCAUGGAGAAGGGGGGCACAUUGGGCGAGACCUCAUUCUUUGCCUCUGACUGGAUGUCUAAGGAGGAAGGGAUCUUCGCCUUGGAGGUCGAUCCCGAGUGGCUUCAAGGUGAGUACUACAAGAAGGUUUUGGUCUCACUCCAGCCGGACAACGUAGCCGAUGACGAAUUUGACCAUAUGGCCAACUUCAUUGUUAUUGAGAUUGCCCAGAAGCCCAAGGUUGCGAAGGGUCAUGCCGAGGACAUCAUUAAACAGGAGGAGAGGCAGAAAAUGAAAGCUUUGUAUGGAGAUAGCUACGAUGUUGAAGAGGGCAUCGAUUACGAAAAGUACAUGGUCAUCAUGACUAUGCCAACGUGCGUGUUACUUGCCGUGGUCUUCAUGUACCUAUUUGUGUGGUACAAUAGCCGAGACCACGACUUGUCGUUCCUCAAGAAAGUGAAGUUUGCUAAGAAGAAGCGCACCAAAUUGCCUAUUCAUUCCAAGAAAGAAGGCAAAUAUACCGAGCUUCCACAAUGGGACGGGCCCAAAUUAGAUUGA